AUCGAGGAGGUUUUUAGGGUGGUGGUGGUGUUGUGAGGAGCUGCUGCCGCUGCUCUCCAGUCUCCACCGAUGGCGAUCAAGAACAUGACGGUGGCGGCGACGACGCGGUCGCUGGACGCGGACAUGACGGUGGACGAGUUCAAGGAGUGGCUGCGGCGGUUCGACACGGACCAGGACGGGCGCAUCAGCCGCGACGAGCUGCGGCGCGCUCUGCGUGCCAUCCGCUCCCGGUUCACGGGGUGGAGGAGCAGGCAGGGCAUCAGUUAUGCCGACACAGACGGCGACGGCUACAUCGACGACAGCGAGGUCGAUGGCCUCAUCGAGUUCGCGCAGAAGAACCUCGGCCUCAAGAUCGUCGCCUACUGAUCUCACAUGGAGCGCGGCGCGUGGCGGGCGGGGGGUGGGACGCACUGGCUCGCCAUGAGCUAUAGCUAUAGCGACAAUGCAACUCACCAUCACUCUCUCCGGCUAAAAUAAGAGCUGCUUGAUCUAUCAUCGCUUGUCUGUUAAAAUUGCUUUCCAUGUACUUAGUCUAUUCGAGUUCGGGAUCACGCACUAGCUCUCUACGCUGUUGUUGUGUGAUCUAUGUAAGGUGUGUAUAAUGGUACCCGUGCGUGGCUGCCUUCGUCGGCUUGCAUAGCCUAGCUCCGGCCGUGUCAUGGGUGCUAUGAUGUUAAUUUGUAUAACUCAUUAUGAUGUACAAUUUAUAUUUUAAAUAUUUUUUCAUAUGACAAAAUAAAAGUAAAUUUGUUCAU